GGCGCCGCUACCGCGGAAGGUCGGAGGCUUCUAGUUGGAGGAAGAAGUUGGCGUAGGCGUUGUUCUCCAUCGGUUCUGCUCCUGCUUUCCCUCACGGCCACAGCGGCUGAAGCAGAGGACCAGGCUGCGGUGAUGAGCGGUCAGGGACGGAGUCUGACGGGGAGCUGCCCCUGAGGUCCAGACUGGAGCGCGGGGCGCACAUUUGAGGCCGGAGACGCCUCCCGGGGUCGCCUAGGAGCGCAGCUACUUGUUGAGUCCGUAACUUUCUCAGCGCUCCAGCCGCCGUGAGUGUCGUGGGAGGUGAAGGAAAGCGCUCGCUAGGAUGUGUCACUAGGACGUGCAGUCUGGGAUCUCGUGCUUGCUCAGGCUGCCCGCGUCGGCCGGCGUUCACAAGGAGGGCCCGGAGAAGAGUGCGGGCAUCGUCGCCACACAUCUGAGAUUCAAGAGUCAUCAGAGACUGGACCUUCCUGCUGACACACAGGCCUUAAAAUUUCAUCUCGGAGUGAUCUCUUCGACCGGCCUAUGCGACACAGAACACCUGACAGGGAGGAUCCUAAAGAAGAAUGGCCAGCUCUGGUUCUCAGGACGUGGUCUGUGGGUCAGUGACGUUUAGGGAUGUGGCUGUUGUCUUCUCUCAGAAGGAGUGGGCCUGCCUGGAUGCUGCGGAGAGGGUCUUAUACAGGGACAUUAUGUUGGAGACCUACAGAAACCUCGUCACAGUGGUGGGAAGUUCCAUUUCCAAACCCGAUCUGAUCACCUUACUAGAGCAGGAGAGAGAGCCCUGGAUGGCUGUGACGGGAGAAGCAGACAGGCCCAGCCCAGAUUUGGACUCAGAUUAUGAAGCUCAAAAAAUAUCUCAAGACAAUCAUAGUAUAAAUCUACCCAAAGAGAGCAUAGAGCAUAUCAGUAAAACUUUUGACCUCCAGGGCUCCAGUUUUAGUAAUGGCUCCGACUGUAGUGCAUUCAAGGAACUACAGAGUUGUCAAAAGGGAAAUGCUGACCAAACGAUUAGAAACAAGGAAAAACUACCUCCUUACACCAGCCAGACUCUUCCUCACAAUGUAGACAAAGCAUUUGAAUGUCAAGAGUGUGGGGAGUGCUUUGGUUGUAGCUCCAGUCUUGUUAAGCAUCAGGCUAGUCACACUCGAGAGAAGCCCUGUGACUUCCGUGAGGAAGGUGCAAAGACCUUGAAACCCGAACAGCUCACGAGACCUCAGAAGUCCCACAGUGCUGAGAGACAUUUCAGAUGCGAGGAAUGUGGCGAGUCUUUCAAGCAUCUCUCCAUGCUUCUUCAACAUACGCGCAUUCAUUCUGCUGUGAAAUCCUUUGAGUGUAAAGAGUGUGGGAAAACCUUUAAUCACCACUCAAACCUCAUGCGACAUGAGAAAAGUCACUCUGGCGAGAGACCGGCUCAGUGUAAGGAAUGUGAGAAGACCCUCGCUGUCCUGGCUCAGCUCAUCACUCAGAGCCAGGACAGUCAUACUGGAGAGAAGUCAUCUCAGUGUAAGCAGUGCGGCAAGACAGUCAGCACUGGCUCAUACCUUGUGAAACACCAGAGUGUUCACACUGGUGAGAAACCCUUUGAGUGUAAAGUGUGUGAGAAGGCUUGUAGGCUUCAGUCAUACCUUUCUGAGCAUCAGAAAACGCACACCAAUGAGAAACCUUUCAAGUGUAAGCUGUGUGGCUCAGCUUUCAGACGUAAGUACCACCUUACUGAGCAUCAGGGUAUCCAUAGUGAUGUGAAACCCUAUCAGUGCAAGGAAUGUGGGAAGUUUUUCCGCCGACGUUCAAAUUUUACUGUGCAUCAGAGUAUUCACACUAACAUGAAACCCUUCAAGUGUAAACUGUGUGGGUCAGCCUUCAGACUUCAGUCCCUGCUUACUCAACAUCAGAGAAUCCAUACUGAUGAGAAACCCUAUCAGUGCAAUGAGUGUGGGAAACACUUCCGUCGACGUUCAAAUUUUACGGAACAUCAGAGUAUUCACACUGGAAAGAAACCCUUUGAUUGUAAGGAAUGUGGAAAAGUCUUUAGACUUAAUACACAUCUCAUUCGCCACCAGAGAUUUCAUACUGGUGAGAGAUCUUUUGAAUGUAAGGAGUGUGGAGAGGCCUUUCGGCUUCUUGCCCAUCUUAAGAGCCAUCAAAUAAUUCAUUCAAGUGAAAAACUGUAUGAAUGCAAGGAAUGUGGGAAGUCCUUCAAGCGUGUCUCCACCCUUGUUCAGCACAGGAUUACUCAUGUUGGUGUGAAGCCGUUUCAAUGUAAAGAGUGUGGGAAAGCCUUUAAUCGUCGCUCAAACCUCACGCAGCAUCAGAAGACUCACUCUGGUGAGAGACCCUUUCAGUGUAAGGAUUGUGGGAAGUCCUUCUCUGUUCUGACACAGCUCACUCGGCACAAGAGCAUUCAUACUGGAAAGAAAUCAUUUAAAUGUGAGCAGUGUGGGUCAGCCUUCAGGCUUCAUUACCAACUUACUCAGCAUCAGAAAAUUCAUACCGACGUGAAGCCCUAUCAGUGCAAGGUAUGUGGAAAGGGCUUUGUUCGCGGUACAGGCCUUAGAAUUCAUGAGAAAACCCACAGUGAUGAGAAGCCCUUUCAGUGUAAGGAAUGUGGGAAGGCCUUCCGAAUUCAGUCUGAGCUUACUCAACAUCAGAGAACUCAUACCGAUGUGAAGCCCUAUCAGUGCAAGGUAUGUGGAAAGGGCUUUGUUCGUGGUAGAGGACUUCGAAUUCAUCAGAGAAUCCACACUGGUGAGAAGCCCUUUAAAUGUUCAGAAUGUGGGGAAGCCUUUCGAUAUGACUACCAAUUUCUUGGACAUUUUAGAAUGCAUUCUGGCAAGAAUCCUUACGAAUGUAAAGAAUGUGGGAAGUUCUUUACUCGUAGUGAAUACCUUAAAGCACAUCAGAAAAUCCACACUGAUGAAAAACCUUACCAAUGUUAAAAAUGUGAAAAGGCCUUUAGUUGAAAAUGAAACUUUGUUUGGCAUGCUAAUGUUCGUAUUAGUAAAAAAAAAAA